AUGGACGAUGGUAAGAAAAAACAACCCGAGUGCGCCCUCUGCCUGGGACGAUACCAACAACCCAAACUCUUAGAAUGCCUCCAUAGCUUCUGUGCAAACUGUCUGAAGAAGUACAGGACAACUAACAUCGCUAAGGUCCCUAUGAUAUGCUGCCCUGUUUGUGGUAAAAACACAGACAUCCGAGCCGGCGUCGACAACCUGAAGACGAACUUCUAUCUGAUUGGACUCACGGAUGAGAUAAUCAUGCAAGAGCAAGUUGCAAAUUGCCUGGAGACCAAGUUGGCAUGUGGGUCUUGUGAGGGUGGUAGGAACCUGGCUGUGUCGAGGUGUAUCGAUUGCGCGCUGUACCUCUGCGCAAAUUGCCAGAAUGCGCACACGAGAUUCGCCGCUCUGUCGAGUCACAAGAUCGCCACUCUGGAUGAGAUUAAGUAUGGGGUGGUCGAGGUGAGGAAAGUACGGCUUGAGAUGGAGCCUAAGUGCAAGAAGCACUACGGGGAGAUCCUUGCCUUCUUCUGCGAGACGUGCCAAGAGUUAGUCUGCCAUGACUGUACAGUUGUCGACCACAGCCAGGUCAAAGGUCACAAAUGCAUCGACACCAAUAAGGCCUUCUCGGAGCGUAAACAGUCGUUGGGUGAGCUCUUCCCUGCUCUAAACUACGCAUUGUUGGUCAUUGAACAGUCGUUGGAUGACGCAACUGAGAUGAAGAAGAAGUUGCAGAGUUCCAGCGUCGAGACCAUCCAAGAGGUGCAUACCAGGGCAGCCGAAGUGACCGCUAUGGUGGCUGUCGAAGAGAAACGCAUCAUUGGAGACAUCAAGAGGAUUGAAGAAGAUCGAGAGUUGAAGUUCAAGGAGUAUGAAGAGAAGAUGAGCAGGAUGAGGGAGGGAAUCCAGCACUCUCUGACUACGGCUCGAGAGCUUGUCAGCACGGCAUCCAAGGGUGACCUCCUCACGCUCUACGCGACCAUCAGCAAAGAGCUCAAAUCCCUCGGUGUCCACAAACCUCCGAAGAUCGACCACAGACUCUCCUUCAUGACGUUCGCCCGUAGUGGGAACGAGGAUGGGUGUAUCAACCUCGGGAAUCUGGUCAUGGAAGGGAAGUGGGAGAUGUGUCGGCAGUUUGGGAAGGACGAAGGAGAGGGUGAAUUCAGCUGUGCUAGAGGCAUCGCUGCCUUGCCAUCGGGAGACAUCGCUGUGGCUGACCAGUGGAACAAGAGAGUCGUUAUCUGCAACUCUAAAGGUGGUCACAAGAGGGCGGUACAAAUCGAUGAUUAUCCAUUCGAUGUGGCGACAUUCAACAACCAACUGAUUGUGCUAGACACCACAAGCCUGGUCAAAGUCUACAACACCGACAAGAUACUGGUCUUCGAGUUCCCAACCCUCCCGGCAGCAGAGGUCGGCAAGACGCUGGUGAAUCUAGCCAGCGUAGCGGUGAAGCGAGACGGUACCAUCGUCAUCGGGGAUGUCAAGCGGUGCGUCCUGACGGAACACCGGCCGGCAGACGGCUCACUGAUCCGUACCAUUCCGGUCGCUACACCGCCACACUACCUCGCAAUCGACAGCACCGUGAAUCGGGUGAUUAUCAGUGGGGCCGACAAGCGCGUUGCCCAGGCGGUGGAUGGUGAGACUGGCGCAACUAUCUUCACGAUCAAACCGCUCAUCGCCAACGACCGGGUUGAAUACUGUACCGGGGUUUGCUGCGAUAGCUCGGGUAUAUUUCUGGCUAUGCAUAACGGUAGUGACACGGGGCAUAUACACCAGUACGACGCCAAGGGGACGUUUCGUGCAUGCGUGGCUCAGGACCUUCAUUAUCCAAUGGAUAUUAAGAUGUGUGCGGGGAAACAGCAGCUAGCUAUUGCAGACUGGACUUCGGUCAAGAUUUUCGAACUUGAGCACGUCUAAAACUAUAGUCAAACUUGAUAAUCGUUGGAUAUUUAUAACCCACAUACCCAGCCAUGUUCGGCUUAGACUGGUCCCCUGUCGAUAUCCGCAAGGAAGGGCAGGUGUUGGCUUUAUAUUAUGCAUACACAUGUACGUCAUAUUUAACUGUGAAUCUCCAGAACCGUAAAAGCCAUGUAAAAUUAAUACGAGGUCAAAAUGUGGUCAAUGGACAUGACCUCAACAGCCCGAGAUCGCUGGCGUAAUUCACUAGCUCUCUACGAAGUUGUGACGUCAGAUUUGCAUGAUAUGUUAAACCUAAACAAAAAACAUCCUCACCAUUGGGGGACUUUUGGGUCAAUAGGUGGCAGCAGACUUGCCAGGUAAAUACAUUGUUAGCGUUUCAAAGUCUACCCAUGGAGCUUCCUCCAUGGUCUACCUUUGCCAAAAUAAUGGAGGAUUCAGAAAGACUCGGAGUUGUAUGUCUUAUGUAUUGUUGCCCAGUGACGAAACUCAGCAAGAUUUUGGGGGCACAGGGAGUAGCACCUCUGACCAAUGAAAACCCGUAGUUUCCAUUUGCAUUAUAGUGUACACUCUUUAUAAUGUAUGUAGUUGAUUGUUUCAUUAAUUUGUUAUUGAGAUAAUUGUACAUAGAAAAAUAGAAAAACAUAUUGGGACAAUACCACACUCAUGUCAAACCUUUAUUAUUCUGGUAAUUUCUAAACUCGACUGUCCACAUUUCACAUUUCAAUGAAGAGGGGGUGGUGGAGGGGGGGGGGGGGUGUGCCAGUGCCACAGCGAAAUCUGUCCCGAUCCCCCCCGUCCGGGAAAUGGCUGGAGGAGGAUGAAUCAAAAGAGGGUGCUAUCAGACACCAUUCGUACACAGACAUAAGAAAAAGGUU